GAUGAAAAAUUCUGUCGUGAGUACACUUUUAGCUCACGUCAUCAAUAUUUAUUCAUCGUUUCGCCAUGAAGACAGAGACCGUUGCGACGACGAUUCCAGUCCGUGUUCAAGUCAACAAUGCGUAAAAGAUACAGAUAUUUGCAAUAAUGAAAGAAACUGCUUUGAUGGAAGCGAUGAAUUGUGUUUGCAUAAAGAUGCUUUAAAGCCACAAUUUCGGAAAGGUUGUAAUGACAAACAGCAAUAUCAAUGCCACUACAGCUGUUUGCCUCUUUCCUACGUCAAUGAUGGAAAAUAUGACUGUGAUAAUGACGACGAGACGCUCGGCUACAGAACACAAAUUCAGUCUACUGGAAAAUAUUGCUAUUUUGAAAAGACGUCAAUGGGAAUACCAAUCACAGAUUUGUUCCAAAGAAUCGAACACUGCGAUAGAAAGAAAUGCGAAAAUGGAUACUAUAGAUGUAGAAGAGACGAUUAUUGCAUCUCUAUCGAACAGGUUUGCGAUGGGAUUAAACAAUGCGCAAUUGGCGAUGACGAAUCGGACUGCGGUAGGUGCAAGGCCUGUUGUUGA